UUCUUCAUAGCCCAAGACACCCUCUCUCUCUCUCUCUCUCUCUCUCUCUCUUCCAAUCCGUCCACCAAACAGUCCUCCAAUGGCCGGUUCCUCUCUCUUUCUCUCUCUAACCCUCGUCUACCUCCUCGCCUUCCUCCCUGCCCCUUCCCUCUCGGACCCUAACCCUAAUCCUAACCCUAGCCCUAGCCCCAGCCCCCCCACCGUCCACGAGCUCCUCCCCAAGUUCGGCCUCCCCAGCGGGUUGCUCCCCGACUCCGUCCGAUCGUACAACCUCUCCAACGACGGCCAGUUCUCCGUCGUCCUUGACAAGCCCUGCUACGUCCAGUUCGACUACCUGGUCUACUACGACCGGCUGGUCACCGGGAAGCUCAGCUACGGCUCCAUCACCGACCUGAAGGGGAUCCAGGUGCAGAGGUUCCUCUUCUGGCUUGACGUCGACGAGAUCAGGGUCGACCUCCCCCCCUCCGAUUCCAUCUACUUCCAGGUGGGGAUCAUCAACAAGAAGCUGGACGUGGAUCAGUUCAAGACCGUCCGCUCCUGCCGGGACAAGGUCUCCGGUUCGUGCGGCGGGUCGUGGAAGCGAGGUUUCGAGCUUUCCACCCUGGUGGAUGAUGAUGUUCAGAUGCUAAUCACAGAGUAGGCAUCCCCAGAUAUUUUUGGGAUACCUAUGGUGGAUCAUGAAUUCGAACUUUCCGGCUGUGAACCGCAUCAUUUUCAGGCCUCUACGACCAAGGGGCUUAUACAGAUAGAAUAUCAACAAAGUUGAUUAGGUGUGUGUUACCGUGAGGAUGGACUAUGUAUUAAGUAAAGUGUUCCCGUAUCUCAAUUUCGACUUCUCUAGCCGGGGAUGAAGUGUUCUCCCGCGAGUGUCGAGAUGAACAAUGCAAAACAUGCUGGUGGCAAAGGCCUACAAAGGCCUUUGGCCAUGACAAGGAUGAUGUCUUUGUAUCUGGUCAAUUGUUCAGUCAGAUAAAUGGAUGGAAUUUAAAUGCCAAUUAGCGAUGUUUAGUUUGCUAUGUAAUUGCUAGAUGCCAGAAACA